CUCUACCUAAACAAAACAAUGCAUGUAGCUUUGUGGUGAUUUACAAACAUCUCAUUCUCACUCUUGAAACAUGAGUGGUUCGACAGUCAGGACAGGAAAUGCUCUGAGUUCACCAGAAACCUUUCUCUGUUUUUCCAUUCAGCUUCCUGUCCUGGCAUGCUCCCGGGUGCAGCUGUGAUUGGCUGCCUGUUUUUAUAACUUCCUCAAAAACAAAAACAGAGAGCAAGAGCAAAAACAAGAGCGUUCAGUGCUGGAGUAGUUUUGACAAGUUGAUUUGACACUUUGUGUCUAACCCGGGCGAGAGAAAACAGAGGAAUGUUAACAGGAAGUGGAAGAAACUGCCGGUAUCUGGAAGUACUCAGAAGUCAGUGGAAGAGAUCUCUCAACCCCAACCAGAAGUGAAGUAUGGGCAGUGAGUACCAAACACUGUCCUCAGCAGAGUCAUGCAGGACUUUAUCCAGCGAGACGUCAGAGUGCUUUAUAUGCAGGGAUGUUGCACAUCGAGCCAGUGACCCACUGAGGAAUUUCUGUGACUGCAAGAAUUUACUUUCCCAUCAUGUGUGUCUGUCCACCUGGAUCCAGAAGGCCUGUGGGAGUGAACACAGACUGCACUGCAUCCUCUGCAAAGCCAAGUACCAGGUCCAGAGGAGGUCUCCAUGGCGCUCUGUGAGCUCCCAGGGGCAGACGUGGCUGGUGCUGCUCAGUGCUCUCGUGUUGCUGUUUCUGGUUCCUUACGCUGUUUACUGCCUGAUGACCGCCUUCACCAACCCUCCUCCUUCCAUCACCUUUAAAGUGGCAGCAGCCUCCUUUGGUCUGCUGACAGAGAUCCUGAUCCUCAAGUGUGUGUCCAGCUUCCUCAGCAGCCGGUACCGGCAGGCGGCUCAGAGCUCCUUCACCGUGCGGGCCAGAGGCUCGGACCAGGACCGGAGGAGAGGGGGCCGCUGGGAGGGGUCUGAGGCCUCAGCAGGGUCAGGUCAGCCUUCAUCUGCGGCCUCACCCAGUCAAGUGGACGGAAGGAAAGUGGAUAUGUUGAAGAGUGGAUGCCUCAGCCUUUAUUGAACAACUAACAGAUGGAGUUUACAGAAUACAGCAAUCCUAUGUGAUUAAGCCAUUCAAGAUAUCACAUCGGCUUAUCAGCAUGAUAUUUAUGAGAUCUUACACUUCAUAACCUAUCUGCAUGGUGUCAAACAUUGCUGUUUUCGUCCAUGUCAAAGCCUUGCACUCUUUCUUCAGCGGGUAUAUUGUCAUACUGCAAAUUGAUCAUAAGGAAGCUAAUGCACGCAGCCUUCAGAAGUGUGUUCAGGCUCAGGGAGGUAAAAAAAAACGCUGGAAUCACUCUCUUUCCUUAAUGAUGUCCACACAGAGACAAUGGGGCGCCGCUCUGAUUAGUGUCACCUGUCCUUGUGCAUCUCAUCAGCUCCAUUAUGGCUCCAUCUCCCAUGCUUCUUCUGCUAAUUGAAUAGCCUGUGAAGUGGUGACGAGGACAGGGGCGAGAGCAGCGUCUGUCCCACUGCUGCUUCACAAAUGAGAGUGAAGCUUCCCAGUGAGACACUACUGAGGCUCUUAAAACAUAAACCAUUAUCAUACAGAUGGAAAAGAUGCUAACAAGUAGCCCUCAUGUUAUAUUGUCAUAUCGUCUACGGAUUAUGUUAUCUGUAACAGCUUUCAAUUGGCAUCUAGUGUUUGUUUUCAGAGGGCCGAUAUGCUGCACUGCACAUUUCUUUAGUGUAUCAGAAUGAGUGUUAAUAUUAGAGGCAGAGGUUUGAUAUGUUGAAAAUAUGCCUACUUGGAAAGGAAAUAUAUGUCGUUCAAUACUCUGCAGCUGAGCUUGAGUUAGCACAAAGACAAGGGGGAAAAAAGCUUGGUCAAUGGUAAUAAAAGUCGAACUACUAGGACAUCUUUCACUAAUAAAUCAACAAUGCACACCUUGUUCGUUUCAUUCAUAAAAAAUGAGAGUGUUAGAAAUGGCAAUUCUGUGUUAUAUAGUAUAUUUCCAAAUUGUCCCCAAAAAAUGUUUUUAUUGUCAAAAUAUCCCAUAAAAAUAUGAUGGUUCCAUUUCUGAUCCAGUGGUCACCUGCUGCUUGCGGUUGUGGUUCUUGUUCUAAUGUAGAAUUGUAUAUGCAUUUGGAGGGACCUUCUGUCAAGGAAUCACAAUUUAAUUUAGUUGGACAAUCCCAUGACCUCCUGGCCUUAAAGACUGACAUACUGUAGAGAAGAUAGAAACUGGCCUCCAGUUGUUUGAGAAUGGCCACUAACCUCCAAAUCUA